AUGAAGAAUCAGCAAAAAGCAUUAGAAAAUGGAUCUAAUAAAAUGAAGGUGAAUUUAAAUGAAAAUAAAAUGGCUUUGAAUGAAGUCUCAUCGAAUAUCAAUAAUAUGAGACAAGAAGCAGCUACACAACGCAAUUAUGCGUCAAGAGAUUGUGGAGCUAAAGUUUUGUUCAGUAACGAUGAAGCAGAAAAUAGAAAUGCAGUCCUGAAUGAAAAAGAACGUGAUGAUUAUAUGCGCAAUCCUUGUGGUCGAGCGCAUAACAAAUGGUUUAUUAUUGAAUUGUGUGAAACUAUCUCGUUAACGGCAAUUGAACUAGCAAAUUUCGAACUGUUUUCGUCUGGCCCUGAAAGGGUGAGAAUAUCUUUAAGUGAAAGGUAUCCAACAAAUGAAUGGAAUGUACUGGAUGAAAUAACUGCUGCUGAUAGCAGAGAUAUUCAACGAUUUCCUAUUAACGCUAAUGGUUAUGCUAAAUUUAUUCGAAUAGAACUAUUAACACAUCAUGGGAAUGAACAUUAUUGUACAUUGAGUAUGGUUCGUAUAUUUGGUAUAUCAAUGGUAGAUGAAUAUGAAUACGAAGCGCAGGCUGAUGCUGAUUCUAUGCCCGAAGUUGUUCAUAAUCAAAUUGAUGUCGAAAACGACAGCAAAGAGGUUGAGUCUGAGAAGCAAAAUGAUGUGAUCAAUAAACAGUCGGAUGGAGCAGCGCUGAAGAUUGCUCGCAAUAAGAGUGAAAUACAAACGAAACUGAACGAUUCAAAAGAUGAGCAGAUUGCGUUAAUGGAUGUGAUGGUAAAUGCAGUGAAUAAGAUCGCUAUCAAAAAUAUAAAAAUCGCUUUUCAAUCAGCAUUUCUUGGGGGUUGGAGGAGCGAUACUGGUGAAGUUGUAAUGAAUGCUGGACCGCUGAAACAACAAUGUGCUACCUGUCCCUUACCAGCUGAUUCAUCAUUAAAAGCAAUGCUUUUCUGUCGGACGUUCUUUGCGUAUGGAUUUUCGGACAGUAAUAAUUCAACUUUCAUAGAUAAUAAACCUAGUUCGCAAAUCAGUAACUACCAAAGUUUGCCGGGUGUGUCGUUGAGUCAUAAAGAAUCCAUAUUUCUAAAGCUGAAUAAACGAAUCAAUGCGUUAGAACUGAAUAUGUCAUUGAGCAGCGAAUAUCUGUCUGAGUUAAGUCGUCGUUACGUGAAGCAACUUAACGAGAGUCGCUUGUAUUCUGAUCGAUUGCUGAAAUCUGUUGAGAAUGUUACACAGAACACACUUCGUAAUGCGAAACAAAAAUUCGAUAAACAGAUAACCGAGAUAAAACGUGAGAUGAAACAACUCUCCUUGAUGGUUAAAACACUCUGGUCAAAUUUCAAAACAUUCGAGUGUCCAUUAUCAACAACUUCAACCGUUAAUAAUAAUGAUGACAAUCAAAUUUCUUCCUCGUCUUCUGUUCAAAAGCAUUUGGGUCAUGUUCCUUAUCCGAAUGGCUAUCUAUGGACGAUUGAACAAUUAAUAAUUUUGAUAGUGAUCUCGCAGAUCUGUGCGAUAUUUGUCGUUUUGUUAUUGGAGAGAUGUUAUAGGCAUUAUGCUUAUUGGAAUAAGUCCACUUUGAACAAUGUUAUUGAUGAGAGAUUCGAACUUUUAUUCAAAUCGUAUUCAACUAGACAAGAUGGUGUCGAAGAAUAUCGCGAGUGUAUGUGUUCAAAUGAUAAUCUUAAAUCUUCGCAAACGGUGACAUCAGAACCGAAUUAUGCGUUGAAAAAAAUUAAAUUGGAAUCAUCAGAUAUCAUUGAUGGGAUCUAUCCAUUAAUUGAAAUAAUAGUUUUGGAUAGUUACUGUAUUGAAGCAGUUGGACGGUAUUCAGCUGAUCGUGAGAUCUUUGAAAUAUUUCUUUGCGAAGUGCAAGUUCAGUCCUUCGAUUAA